UGACACAAAAACCAGAACAACCUGUCCAACACUGUUGUAAUCAGUUCAACACAACAUCAUGUACAAGCGCAUACCGUUGCAAAUUGCCUUUGUGGCCUUCCCCAACCCUGACACUGCAGCGUUUACAGCUGGAGAUUUAGCCCUGACACUGUUGGAACGAGACAUUUCCUGUUCCAACAUUCUCAUCAUCACCAAGAACACAAACUGCCAAGUGGAAAUUUCGGAAUUUGGAAAAAAUGGUCCACUCAAGGGUUUGAUUGCCGGAAGCUACGGAGGCACCAUUGUGGGGGCUUCUAUUGGCGGCAUUGCACUGUCGCUUCUGGGACCCUUUGGUAUUGCCAUUGGGGGUGGCUUGGGGGCGCUUGCCGGUGCCACGGUGGGGGCUGUGGGCGGCACCAUUGGUGGUACGGCCAAGGCACUCAUGGCCAGGAGUGUGGACAAGAAACGGAUUCAAUCCUUUGCUUCCUGUCUGGAACCAGAAUCGUCGGCGCUUGUGGCAAUCUUUGGAGAAGUUGUGAUUAAGCAUUCAGAAUUGCACGAGAAGGACUUUUCGGUGGACCUCAAGGGUGGCAUUGAUGAGGUUGCUAGUGUGGCAGCAGAGACAAUCCGCUCUUCCUUGAAGAAAAAGCAGGUUGUUGGAUUGGGUCUUGCCGUGGAAGGCGAAGCUGCCUUGAUGACUCCCGCUACGGUCAGUGACAAGAACAUUGAUAUUGGGGCUUUCAUGCUCACACCACACGGAGCUUGGUUGCUAGAACAGGACUGAACAAUCAAUCUGCAAAACAACUUUCCUAUUCUCAACACUCGGAUAGGGUCUUCGAAAGGUGAUCCCCUACUCACUACAACGAGGAAGAUUUCCUAUUGCAGCCAUCAGAUUCUGAACUUGCGCCAGUCUUGUAGGAGUCGGUUGACCACGACCUGGCCCAGUUUUGUAAGCCGAGUAAGGAGCGACAUCGUGUCCAGGAGGCUACUCCUAGCCUCCCCUGAGGCCUGCGCCGAGUGAUCGCCAGUUGAAAGGAAUGGCUCUCUGCUCAAUGAUGGAACGAUACCGGUAUCUUGGACAGUGGCGUGGUUUCAUGAUACUAGUAGGAAUGACAGUAACGUACAAUGUUUUCGGGUUUGGGGAGGUUCAUGCUUGUAAAAUGGAACGAGCCAAAUAGCUGAAAAAGGUACGAGCUAUCAACUAGAACUUUAAAACGUACCUAUGGUAUCGAUUGAUUGAGCCUCUGGGUUCGCUGUUUUAUUGUUCCAGCAUCCUUCUCAUUGGAGAGUGCUUCAACCCGAGCAAGGUGCGUUUCCUCCAUGGAAGCCACCCGGAACCUUUGGUGUACUGGAUCUGUUACAUGCAUUUGCUACACCCUACUAGAAGGCUACUGGCUCUGCCCUGAUUUGUACGCUGCCACUUCUACUCUCAAAGAAUGUCAUCGGAAUCGGAACAAGCAUAAAGUACGGUACUUGAAGUCGAGUGGAUGAUGCAUCGUCGUUUGGCUGCUAGAUAGAGCAGGACAGGGAGUGAGAAACUGAUAGAAAUUCUAGGUGAGAACUAAAUUAGAAAGGAGAGUCAGUCAAGUCGCGUCA